UUCUCCCUUUCCCCUUCCCUCCCCCUGUGUUUGAUAAGUGGAAGUCAAAAGCUUUUUACUUUAGUAGCCACCAAUUUGGCUACUAAAACCACCAGCAUGGGGAUUUCUGAAGAAAGUGCUGCUUAUUAAAUAUUUGCUAAUUGAACGCAGGAAUUAGUGAAUGAACAAAAGGAUUUACGUGAGUAAAUGAAUCACGGAACAAACGAACAAUAAAAUAAGCCAACGAAUGUAGUAAUUAAUAAGUGCACUCAAUAAACGAUUGAAUAGAUGAAUGAAUGGAUGAAAGAGUAAACGAAUGAAUGAAUGCUGGAGAAACGUUAGAGCAGGCCCUAAUGAGAGGGUUAAUCCUCCCCCUUCUUCCCCCCUUAAAUCGUGUUAGUCUAGCAUGUUUUCCUGACCAGCAAAGCUUGAACUUACUGACAAACCUGUUCCUGUCUGACCUGGGCAGUCAUCUCCCCGCCCUGGGAGGAUGUAAAGCUAGCGGACUGAGCUUCCCCUCCAGCUGGAACCCUCAGGCUCUUAGGAAACCAUGAGUAGCUCCGGUCCCCCGCACUGCAGAGGCGGCAAGCCGCACCUGGCCUCCAGGAUGCUCCGGAACAGGCUGGACAGCGCCAUUGACCUGGAAAGGCCAGGGCGACUGCUCCCAAGGAGCCAGCGGCAACCGAACCUGGGCUGGCGCUGGACCGCAGGGGGCUGAGGGAGGGGGAAGGGCGCAGCCUCUAGGAUUGGCCGGGCCGGCGAGUGACGUCACGGCCGCGGAGGCAGUAGAAAAUUGGCUGGCUAGUGGAGGCCGCAGUCUGGCCCGUGCAGGCUGCUCUGGGGCAAGUUGCGCCCCGCGGCUGUCCUGGGCUGCUGGGCUCAGCUUGGUUUACUCCCUGAGCCCUUGGAGGCGGACGCCGGAUUUAGGACGCUGCCGGGCAGGGUCCGCAGCCAUGUUCGAGCAGGAGGGAACCUGGGAUGUGUCCUUUGCAGGUUCGGGCUUCGUGGGGCUCUACCACGUGGGCGCGCUGGCCUGCCUCAAGGAGCGCGCCCCGCAGCUGCUGCGCGGGGCCCGCCGCUUCUACGGCUCCUCUUCGGGCUCGCUGUGCUGCCUCGCCGUCAUCACCGACAAGUCCAUGGAUUUCUGCUGUUCCAACCUCCUGGACAUAGUCAAGGAAAUCCGGGAGAAAAGCAUCGGCAUCUUCCACCCCUCCUAUGACUGCAUCAGCUUUGUGAAGAGGCGCCUCGAGAAGCACCUCCCUGACAACAUCCAUGAGUUAGCCUCCCAGAGGGUCGGCAUCUCCCUCACCCGGUUGCCAGAUGGGAAGAAUGUGAUUAUCACCCACUUUGCCAGCAGAGAUGAGCUCAUCCAGGCAGUCCUCUGCAGCAUAUAUUUCCCCUUCUACUGCGGCGUCAUCCCGCCCCAGUUUCGGGGAGAGCGCUAUGUGGACGGAGCUCUGAGCAACAACGUGCCCUUCAUCGACUCCAACGCCACCAUCACCAUCUCCCCCUUCUACGGCUCCGUGGACAUCUGCCCCCAGAGCAGCUCGGCCAGCUUGCACGAGCUGAACCUCUGCAACGGCAGCUUCCAGAUAUGCACCAGGAACUUCCACAUGGGGAUAUUGUCUCUCAUUCCCCCCGAGCCUGAGGAGGUGGCAGAUUUCUGCAGACAAGGCUACCUGGAUGCUCUGAGGUUCCUGGAGAGACGAGGUAUUACGAAGGAGGGAGUCAUCAGAACCUUGUGUAAUGGGAUGUCCUCAUCGCCUAGCUCUGUAAUUUGGCCAGCCAGCAGUAACCAAGGAAGAAAUGACUAUAGUGAGAAAGAAGGAAAAUCUGGAGGACUAUUUCUCAACUGGAACGUGCCCAAUGUGUUGGUCAGAGACAUAGCACAGUUUGAGCUUCUGUCACCAGAUCUUGAAGCAGCCUUGAAGAAGUCAUGUGAAAGAGCCAGUGGAUUCUUUGCCCGGUUUUCCCGAUCGAUACCUGGCCAAGUGUUGACUUAUACACUCCUGCCCUGCACACUACCUUUGGAAUAUGUGUACUUUAAAACUAAGAGGAUAAUUAACUGGAUUCCAGAGGCCCCGGACGAUAUCCGGUGGAUGCAUCGUGAACUCAAGAAAUUUGGGGGGUUUGUCUUCUCUGAAGUGAAAGACAGACUACAGGGGUCAGCUUGGUUGCAGAAUUUCUCUUCCCUUGGUUCCUCCAAUGCGAUGGAGGCUCUCCCUCCUCAGUCAGACUUGUGGAAAUCUGAUCACUCCAAGAUGCACAUUUCCUUGGCAGAGAUUGUUUUGCCUCCCCAACCACUGAGGGCAUGAGCUGGCUGAUUAGACAGUUCCUGAAUGAAAAAUGGUGGCAGGGCGUUUGGAAUUACUGUCCUUCCUUCUUUCUCAGUUCCUCCAGCCAUGACCAGAGGACAGCCAGAGUUGGGAGUACCUGUCAGGCCUGGCUCCCGGGGAUGCAGGCUGGAUGGGCAGUGGGCACAGUUCUCUAAUGUAAGGUGUUCUGGAUCCUACAUUCUGUUCAUUGGGUUUUCUAGGCGUAGGUCUGCCCUGAUUAGGGUUUCAUAGUACUUGAGGGCUGAAAUGGACCUGAUCUGAUGCUUGAAACAUAAGAAUAUUUAAUAAACACAUAGA